GAUGCAAUGUACCAGCAACUGUGAGCUACAGUAUCUCCUGCUCUUCCAACUCCCUUCUUAAUAUGCUCUGGGUUUUAUUUUAUCUGCCGGCAUUAGAGAACAGGUUCCCGGCUCCUAUAGCAACGGAAAGCCACAGGUCAGGUGUCCAAGAGUUCUGAAGGCAACUGACAAUAUCCACAAUGUAUUUUCCAAUGAUAGAACUGACACUUGUGCUGCUUGCAUCCUCCAACUUAGCCAUGUCGGUCAGAAAAGAAAUCCGGGCCCCGCAGACACUAUCAAGAGGUUGGGGAGAUGAUAUCUCAUGGGUGCAAACAUAUGAAGAAGGACUUUACAAUGCAAAGAAAAGAAAUAAGCCCUUAAUGGUAAUUCAUCAUUUAGAAGAUUGUCAGUAUUGCCAAGCAUUGAAGAAAGUAUUUGCAGAAAGUGAUGAAGCUCAGACAUUAGCCCAAGAGCAAUUCAUAAUGCUCAACCUUAUGCAUGAAACAACUGACAAAAACCUUUCCCCUGAUGGACAGUAUGUGCCUCGGAUAAUGUUUAUUGAUCCCACUCUUACAGUUAGAGCUGAUAUUACGGGAAGAUAUUCCAAUCGUCGUUAUACUUAUGAGCCACAGGACCUACCGCUAUUGAUAGAAAAUAUGAACAAAGCGAUACACCUUUUGCAGACUGAACUAUGAGCGCUUCCAGUUACUGCCAAAUGAAUGUAGGACCCAUCCCUGCCAUCUGAAUCCAACAUAGUGACUGUAAUAGGGGCACAAGGAGGAGCGCAGUCUCCUGUGGUUAUAGCAGGAUGCUAAAUAUAUUGUUCUGCUGCAGAAGAAAUGAUGGGUAUACAAUCUGUUACAUGCAUUAUACUUGUUAUAAGUUCUUUACACAUUAUUCUUGCAGCUUCUGGCCUAAACUGUGUGAAAUACAUUUAAGCCCUGCCAGCUGUACAAUAUCGCUCUUAGAGCUGUGCCAUGCUGUGUGCUGUCUGGCAAGAUGCAAUGUAGUACAAUAAAAGACACCCUGUGGGUUAUGGGUUACUUGGUAUGAAUAAAUGAUUGUCACAUCUAAUAUCUGUGUUGCAUUCACACGGGUAGAGAUAAUAAAAGUUGUUAGA